GACUGCAGAGUGCGGUUGCCGCAGAGUGCAGUCCACUGGCGCCAUCUUCACCGGCUUCUGCUUUCUGAAGCUUCUCGUUCAAGCAAUUGGUUGCAAAUCUCUCUCUCUGUUUGUGUUGUAAAAGUCUGGAUUAAUGGGGUCAGAGAGUGUUGCUUCGUGUCGCCAACCGUCACCAGCAUCACCGGGAAGCCCUUUGCUGCAUAAAGCACAACAGAGUGCACAGAAAGAUAAGUUCGACCGAGUUACUAAUAAAGGGGCCUGCUUCUUUUGCAACGAAGAGGGCCAUUGGGUUAGAGACUGCCCCAGUCGGUCAAAUCAGAAUCCCGGUAGCGGCUCUCCGGCGGCCGGCCGUCGUAGCUAUCCAGAGAUGCAGUGUCCCUGCGGCCACGGGGCUUGCAUUGUUCUCACGUCGCGAACCGUAAAGAACCCCGGCCGCGAUUUCUACCGUUGCCCUGGAAAGCAG